AUGAUGAUUGAUCGUCUUCAUUGUGCGUCGAUUGUAUUAAUUUUAACGAGUAUUGCAUUUCUUAUUAGUGGAAUUUUAUUAAUUACUUUCUCGGAUUCACUUAUUAAGAGAACAGUAAAAAAGGAAUGUCAAUUAAAACAAGGAACAAUUCUUUAUAAAAUUUGGCGUGAUAAUCCUGUACCUUUAUAUAUUUCAAUCUAUGUAUUUGAUCUUGAUAAUCAAGUUGAAUUUCUUAAUGGAGCAAAACCACAUCUUAUUCAACGUGGACCAUUUGUUUAUAGAGAACAACGAACAAAAGAAGAUAUAAGAUUUUAUCCUAAUGGAACAAUAUCAUAUCGUGAAUCACGUAAUUAUACAUUUGAUCGAUCAAAAUCAAUUGCUGAUGAAACAUUUAGUAUUAAUACAAUUAAUGUUGUUUAUAUGACAUUAAUUAAUUAUCUUCAAACAUAUAAUGUUCCUGAUUUAUUUCGACAAAUUAUUGGAACAAUAUUAACUAUUGUAGAAAAACCAAUUAUGCAACGAACAAUAAAAGAAUAUCUCUGGGGUUAUGAAGAUCCAAUAUUAAGUAUACUUAAAAAUCGAUUACCUCAAUUAGUAAUGAAUGAUCAAAUAUCAGUAUUUGCUUCUGUGGUUAAUGAAGCACAAUAUGAAACAAUUCUUAUUAAUAAUGGUAUUGGUUAUGAUAAUAAUCAUAAUGAACGUAUUAAUAAUCUUGGUAAAAUUGAACGUUUUAAUUUUUCAACAUCUUUAUCAAUAUGGUCAAAUAAAUAUGCAAAUAUGAUCAAUGGAACUGAUAGUACAUUAUGGCAUCCAGAUGCAAAAAAAGAUGAAACAAUAUAUACAUUUAUGAAUGAUAUAUGUCGAUCAGUUUAUCUAAAAUAUAAUCAAACACAUAAAAAUUUAUUUGAUAUUAAUACUUAUCAAUAUAUUGUAUCAAAUGAUACAUUUGCAAAUAUAAGUGAUAAUGAAGGAUUUUGUUUAAAUUAUACAAUGGGAAAUCAAACACAAAAAUUAAAAUGUUUACCUAGUGGAUUAUUUUCAUUAACUCCAUGUUUACAUUUAAGUGGUAGUUCAUUAUCAAUACCAUUACCAAUAAUUGCAUCAAAUCCACAUUUUCUUGCUACGGAUCGAUCAGUUCAAGAUGCAGUCGAUGGUUUAAUACCUGAUGAAAUGUUACAUCGAAGUUAUAUGGAUAUAGAACCAACUACAGGCAUCGUGAUGAAUGGAACACGUCGAAUGCAAUUUAAUAUUAAUGUUGUUAAUGAUUCAAAAAUAGGUCCACUUUCUCAUAUUCGUCCAUUGGUUUAUCCCAUGUUUUGGGUUAAUGAACAUGGUGAAAUCGAUAAACCUAAUGCCGAUAUGUUUCAUAAGAAAGUAUCUGUACCAUUAACUGUACUGAUCAUUUUGAAAUAUAUUUUUCUUGCUAUUGGUAUUCUUCUAUUCAUAACAGUAAUUAGUUUACUUGUUUAUAGUCGAUACAAAAACAAUCAAACGGAUGUUGUUAUUGUUGCUGUUGAACCGACAACAACUACUGAUGAAACAACACCAUUACUUGCAUAA